AUGCAGAACAUUGUCAGACCUGCCUUCGCAGAGCAUCACAGCAACCAUGACGGCCGAAGGAGUGGACCGGCAGCUACUACGGGCAUCAGAUACUCCUCGCACUCUCCACUCAGCGCCGCCUCAACCACGCGCAAGAAGGUCACCAUUCCCACUCUUCAAGCGAUGCACAAGCGCAACGAGCCCAUCACCAUGAUCACCGCCCACGAUUUUCCUUCUGCACACGUCGCCGACCAAGCCGGCAUGGACAUGGUACUCGUUGGCGACAGUCUCGCUAUGGUCGCACUUGGUAUGGAAGAUACGAGCGAGGUCCUGCUUGAGGAGAUGAUCUUGCAUUGUCGGAGUGUUGCUCGAGGGGCCAAAGCUGCCUUUAUCGUCGGCGACUUGCCGAUGGGCAGCUACGAAGUGAGUCCCGAGCACGCGCUACAGAGUGCAAUUAAGAUGGUGAAGGAAGGUAGAGUGCACGCCAUCAAGCUCGAAGGUGGUGCGGAGAUGGCACCUGCGAUAGCCAAGAUCACCACGGCAGGUAUACCGGUACUGGCACAUAUAGGCUUAACGCCGCAGAGGCAAAAUGCUCUUGGCGGAUUCAGGGUGCAGGGCAAGUCCACGGCUGGUGCACUCAAACUCCUUGCGGACGCCCUAGCUGUGCAAGAGGCAGGCGCCUUCGCCGUCGUUCUUGAAGCUGUGCCGGCAGAGGUCGCUGCGCUCGUGACGAAGAAACUGCGCAUCCCAACCAUCGGCAUCGGCGCCGGAAAUGGCUGCUCUGGUCAAGUGUUGGUGCAGGUUGACAUGUCCGGCAACUUCCCACCUGGCCGCUCCUUGCCGAAAUUCGUGAAGCAAUUUGGCGAUGUUUGGAGCGAGGCAAGGCGGGCGAUCGAGCAGUAUCGGACUGAAGUCAAGGGUCGAAGCUACCCGGCGUCUGAGCAUACAUAUCCCAUGCCGAAGGAGGCAUAUACGGAGUUUGAGCGUAUCGUUGAUAGCCAGCAAUAG